AUGAGUACCUCGAGCCUUCAGUCGUUUCUCGAGACGCCGCGCGUCUUCGUGCUGUCCGACAUCUCCAAUGAACCUGACGAUGCAGAGUCGCUCGUGCGGUUCCUUCUCUACUCCAAUCAAUUUGACAUUGAGGGCAUUGUUGCUGUGACGUCAACAUGGAUGAAGACGAAGGUCUGCCCUCAAGACAUGCACAAGAUCAUUGACGGCUACGCCGGCGUAGUCGACAACCUGAAUAAUCACACACACCCCGACCACCCAUACCCGAGCGCAGAAAAACUACGCAGCUUGGUCAAGUCAGGCCCUCCAGUAUACGGCUUUGAGGGUGUCGGGACAGACAAACCACUCACGGACGGCCACCAACUGCUUCUGGACAGGAUUGAAGCCUCCUCCGACAGACCACUAUGGGUGCUCGUAUGGGGUGGCACAAAUGUCCUCGCACAGGUCCUCCUCACGAUCAAGAAGAAAUAUCCCGCCGACCAGGCGGCAUCGUUGCGCGCCAAGCUCAGGGUCUACACAAUCUCGGACCAGGAUGACACCUCGGCGUGGAUUCGCGCCGAAUUUUCCGACAUCUUCUACAUCUCCUCCGUCCAUGCGUGGAACCAAUAUGGCCUCGCAGCAUGGACAGGCAUCGCGGGCGACCGAUAUUACGGUUUUGAUCACGGCGGGCCCGAUUUCUCCAAGAUGACGAAAUCUUGGAUCGAGAAGAAUAUCCAGGUCGGGCCCCUCGGCUCGACGUACCCGGACUACAUCUUCAUCCCCGAGGGCGACACACCAACCUUCCUGUAUCUCAUCCAAAACGGACUGGGCGUCAGAGAACACCCCGAGUACGGCUCCUGGGGCGGCCGCUACGCCCUGACAGAUCUCAGCGGCAAGGGCCUGGCUGGCAGACACUACAGCGACACGGCGGACGCCGUGGUGGGAGCCGACGGCAAGACGUACACCUCAAACCAGGCGACGAUCUGGCGGUGGAGGGACACGUUUCAAAACGAUUUCGCCUCGCGGAUCCAGUGGUCUCUGAAUGCUGACUUCGAGGCCGCCAACCACCACCCCGUUCUCUGCGUUAAUGACUUGUGGGGCCAUGAAGCUCUGGAGCUCGAGAUUGAGGCUGGCGAGGACAUCGUGUUUGAUGCGAGUAGCUCUUAUGACCCAGACGGCGACAGCCUGUCGUUCAAAUGGUGGCAGUACAAAGAGCCGACGGCCACGCAAUGGCUGGUGCGGUUCGAGGUCUCGAAUCUCGAGAUUGAGAACCUGGAGCCCGAUGCGAGACGCGUCAAGGUGCGCAUACCGCCGCCGGAACAGUGCUGCUUUGACAGGUUCACCACGGGGAGCCCCGUGGCUCGGGGCCAGCUACUACAUCUGGUUCUGGAGGUGACUGAUAACGGUACGCCUGCGCUGACGUCGUAUAAGAGGAUCAUCAUUCAAACAACGAACAAGGACUUGCGAGGGGCUGUGGAGGCCGGGUCAGCCCCGGAUAACAUUGCCGAGGUGAUGAAGGCCUUCGGCGCCGAUGUUUGGAAUGCCAAUUGA